AUGUCCGACGUCGUGACCGAGUUCAAAGUGGGUAUGACCUGCGAAGGCUGCUCCGGCGCGUGCGAGCGUAUCCUCAACAAGAUCGAAGGCGUGACGAAAGUCGCGUGCGACAUCCCGGGCCAACAAGUGCUCGUCACCGGUACGGCGGACGUCACCGUGAUGCUGGAAGCGCUGCUCAAGUGGUCCAAGGCGAGCGGCAAGAGCGUCGAGUUGGUCCACUAG